CUUACGACACGGUUAGACGAUUUUAUUUAAUAGCAAAACCAAAUACAUUUAAAUAUUCAAGUUAUGAAUGUAGAAUAAAUCAAUCUCAUAUAGGAUAUUAGAAAGAGGAAGAAAUAUCAAGCUGCAGGCCAAGUAUCGAUGUGGUCCAUCGGAAUGACAUAUACUGGAUACGAGUUAGAAUGUCCUUGGAAAUAGCAACUUUGGUUCUUUGGAUUUGCAGUUUUUCGCUAAAGUAUACACCAUGUAACGGCGACUAUACAGGUCACCCAGUAAGAAACCUUUGUGGAAGAGAAUAUCGUAUUCUCAAUCUUCAAAUGCCAUGAACUGGUGUAGAUAUAGGUGACAGCUGCAAACAUGACACUGAAUGCAAGACUGGAAACGGUGGAGAAUACUCUAAAUGCAACCAAGACUUGAACAUAUGUAUUUGUACUAUCAACCACCUUGGUGAAGAUAAAUGUAUGUAUGACAGCUAUAUAUAUGACGGUGUUUGCAGAAAACGAAAGCUUUAUACUAAACCGGGAUAUUGCACAUUAGAAUGUUCACCUAAAGGGACAAUUAAAUGGCAAGAAAACCAAGAUUGGUAUGGAAAUAUUUUAGAGCCGUUUGCCUUAUUCAUCCAUGAUAAAAAGACUUCGGCUUGUUAUGACCCAUUAAGAGCAUUAAAUAGCCUUCCCCAUGAAUUUGAGAUCAAACAAUCAACCAUUCCAAAUGCUGGUUUAGGCGCUUUUGCUAAGAUGUAUAUCGAACAAGACACAAUUUUUGGUCCAUACAAAGGUAUCUUUGAGCCUGACACAGACGAAGCUGCGGUAUCCGGAUAUAGUUGGAAGAUAGAUAUUCGUGAAGGUGAGGACCGGGCAGACAUAGUAUGGGUAGAUGCUAAAGACGUUUCUCUGUCAAACUGGGUAAGGUAUGGCAACACACCAACCAAAGCAGAAAUGGAGAAUGUAGUAGCAUUUCAGUAUAAAGGAGAAAUGUUUUACCAGGCUUUCAAACCUAUACACCCAGGGACAGAAUUAUUUGUUUGGUAUGGCGACUCUUACGGCGAAUUUUUGGGAAUAGAACCAUUUGCUUCACCAAGCUAUUAUUAUGCAAAACCUGGAUAUGUCGGUGGUUCCUGCCAUGAAGAUGACGAGGGACAGCCUUGUCUACAUGAUGAGAAUACGUUAUGUGCAGACAAAACUUGCUUCUGUAUACCAGGAACUCACAUCAGAGCAGGAAUGUGUAUAUUUGAUGAAACUUUAAGCGGCAUAUGUGCGGGAUCAGACGAAGGUACAUGUAAGCAUGAUAUGAACGCCGAGUGCCAAAGAGGUGUUUGUGUCUGUAAGAACAAUUCUAGUCCGGCUGAUGGAGUGUGUGUAUCUGAUGAAUCAUUUGGUGGCCGGUGCAAUGGACGGAAUGGUCAGACUUGUUUACUAGAUGAAAACGCCGAGUGUGUGCGUGGUUUGUGUAGAUGUAAAUACGGCACUUCCGGUAUUGGAGGAAAAUGCAUAAAGGAUGAGACAUACCAAGGCAGAUGUGUCGCUGACGAUGGUGAGAUGUGUGAUGAAGACCAGAACGCAGAGUGUUGGGAUGGCAUCUGUGUAUGUAAACAAAAUGCGAGCGCAAUUGACGGAAAAUGUGAACUUCAUGAAAUGGUAGGAGGCAGAUGUAAGGUCGGCGAUGGCAAGCCAUGUAGACUGGACGAAAAUGCGAUGUGUAUAGACGGUUUAUGCAUUUGUAAAUCUGGGGCGAGUUUGAUAAAUGGAAAAUGUCGUAUUGAUGGCGCCCUCCAAGGAAUGUGUUUACAAGGGAAGUGUACUGGACGGAAUGCUGCGUGUGAUUUAACAUCGAACACAUGCAUGUGCAAAACAACUCAUUUUCCCUACGCAGGAAAAUGUGUGAAAAAAUGAAUGGUAACUUGUCCAUGCCACUGAGUGAUAUAUGAAACAAGAAGACGAUAUCUGCCAGUUUUCGUGUGCAAUAUCAUGUGUCAUUCAUUCAUCAAUUAAUAAUAUCCAUUAAUACCUAUUUUUCUUACACAAAAAUCUAAAUAAAUAUUGUCCAUUGCUCAGACCAUAGUGCCUCAUCUUUGAAGAGCUUCUUUUUUCAGCUAGUGAAUAAAAUUUGAUUGUGAUAUGACCUGAUUGGUCAUCUAACUAAGGCAAUAUUUAGAUUCCACUUUCCCAGCCGAAUCGUUUGGGUGGUCAAAAGUUAAUAAGGAAAACUUUAUGUUUCCCCAUAUGCUUUGGCCGUACUUUGAUUUUUAUUAUAUUACGUUUAAAUUUACAUCCCUUUGACAGAACUUGUAUAAUUUAAGUCAAUGUCAUUGUUUUUUUUUAUGUUAGCUCUAAAGGUAUAUCUGCACGUUUGAUAAACCGGAAAUGAUGGCAUAACAAUAUUUAUCCGAAUAACGUAGAAUAAAAAUUUGGCGUAUGGAAAUGAAAAUCAUUUUUAUGAAUUGAUGGCAUCCCAUGUGUACAUUUAUUACAAUGGUAACGUAACUAUCUUUCUUAUGUUAACAUAUUAUAUUAAAACAUCUGACACGUUGAAUAAAUCAAAAUGAUGGCUUAAAACCAGCUUGAAGUGCGCGGAUCACUUUAAUCAUAGACAAGUAUCUGAAAAACAAACACACGGACCUAUACAUUUUAUUUUACCAUGUUGUAGGCCUUUUGUUUAUUUAGUGAGAAAUUUCAUUAAAAUCCACAUUGUAGAUAAAAUUUUCUUAUCGAAAAUAUUAUAAAAAUUGUGAUUUUCCCUUAAACUCCCAUUAUGAAAACUUACGUGAUGUCCUAAUUUUUCAGAUCAGUCUAGCGUAAAAUCAAGCACACAAUCCUGUCAUUUAUUUGCUGAAUUUUCUAAAAAUAGUUUGAAGUUUUAAAAAAAAUCAGGGUUUAAUCAAAUUCUACAUUGUAGAAGAAAACUGGACCCGAACGUCUACCAAGAUUGUUCAAGUAAAAAUAUGACAGUCAAAUCACAUGUUGGAUUUUGAAAAAAAUUUAUAGAAUUUGGUCUUGGCUGACCCUCUUAUAAAAUUAUCAAAAGCUACCAUAAUUUGUAAAACAAAUGCCUGCCUCGGGUCCACCUUUCCCUAUAUGACUCUUUGGAAAAUAGCUAUAAUCAUAUCCUUUGAAUGUUUUUUCUAAAGUAUGUGCAAAUAUCGCAGUUAAUGUAUGUAUCAGGUUGUAUCAGGUUGUUGCCUGUUACUGUCUUUUAAACAUUAUCACUGUGCUAUUUAUAUCAUUUGUGUAUCUUAAAAUCCAGAGAAUAUAUUAUGUAUUUGUUCUUGAUUUCUAUAUAAUGCUAUUGUUUUAUCAAAGCACUUAUUGCGAAUUUACUUUUUAUUAUUGUUAUAUUUGAUUUUCACUCAUCUUACCUAUUAAUUUACUCCUUUGUUCAUAUGCAUCUUUUAAUGUUGUCAAAUAUUAUUAAAAAUCAGUUCACUAUG